CAACACGAUAUUGAUGAUAAGUUGGCAUUUUGCAGGUUGGAAAACAUUUACCAAUACCGCAAAUAAGGAGAAAAAGAUGGAGCAGGUUCGGGAGCUGCCGAACGGCAAAUGCGUCCGCAGAUACUCGCCUGAGCACCCACUCUUCGACGCUGGAACGCGUCUGUGGGCGACCAAGUAUUACCAGGAACCAGAGUGCGACUGCAUUGCUGAAAUGUGCUAUUUCUUAGCUCAAAAAUUACACUUGUAAAUUAAAAUAAAUUGUAUUGAUACAGAUCGAUGGUGCAGCCGGGAGAUACUGCAGCUCACUCGGAGCCGAUCACGUGUCGAUUGGCAAAUUGCAGUGUGAGCUUCAAGUCCACUGCGGCGUACGAGGAGCACUACGACAUGUACGUGUAUAUGAGUAUGGGGUUCUUACUGGAGACUGAUUUUUUUGUCAAUACCUGUAGGGUGCACCGUAAUAUUUGUCGAGAAUGCUCGAGGUCGUUUUUAAGUUUGCGCCUUCUGGAUAUUCACAUCAGUGAGACUCACGACGCUUUCUUCAAGAUUUUGUCCAAGAAGAAGCCGAUGUAUGUUUGCCUUGUGGACGGCUGUCCGGAGAUUUUCCGGCAUGAUGACAAGCGGACGCGACACUUAAUCCGAGUGCAUCAAUAUCCAGAGGCGUUUUCAUUUCACCAGAAGCGAAAGCAGAGAAAAGGAAAGUCAAGCAAAGGAGCUGCUGGUGUAAAAAAAUCAGAGGGCGAUGAGCAGCCAGAAGUAGAUGGGGAGACCAUCAAGAAGCGUGAAGCUCGGAAACGCAGGCGUCAACAAAAGAAGAAGAAACUUUCGGAACAAGCUAAGCUUCGAGGUUCUGACAUGCAAGUGGAUGAAGAGUCUAAGACGGACAAGACAGGAGAGGAAUCCAACACCGAAGAUGCCAAGAGUGAGGUCACAGACAUCGAGAUGGCAGAUCUAGAAGAGACCAUGCGAGAGCUGCGAAUUCCCAAAAGCAUCCACUUCGGCCGAAAGCGAAGAACCUAAUCUACAAUGUAGAUACUACAUCCUUGCAACCCGGAGUGUACCGUUUGGCUACAUAGCACAAUUCUGCUGUCUGAUUCAAAAAUUCAAGAGCUCAUUGCAUUUUAAUCGUACUUGGCAUCAAAAACAAGAAGUUUUGGGAAUCCGACUACAGAAACCUGAAGUACAGGUUUUAUCGAAGGAAAUAAUAGGGCUUCUAUCUCCUCGUGAUAUUCGCUUCGAAGACGGAGCAGAAGUGCUCGCCACGGGCUGAAGCGAAAGUUCCGAAUAGGCUCACGGGUGAGCGUGAGGAAAGGUGCGAGGCUCUCCGAGCUGUUCUUAGCAGUCAGCUCCCGCAUCGUAGGUUCCAAAUGUCUACAAAUUGCAACAAUG